AUGCAAUUAGUUGGAGAAAAGAAGAAAACGGAAGUGAAGUCGGGGACACUUGACCCAGAAUGGGACGAGACGCUGAAAUGGGAACUUGGCUCGAAAGCCCCGCGAGCAGAUGGAUGCAUCGACAUCACAGUAAAAGACUACGAGAGAAUUGGAAGGAAUAAGGUCCUAGGAAAAGCAACCAUCGCGCUGCGCAACCUGGUCCACGCGACCCCAGGGACGCCCAUCGACUAUGAGUUGGGACUCCUUGACGCCCAGGACUCUCCCACUGUGGGCACGCUCACGCUUAAAGUUUCGUACACCCCGCCGCCAGGCGCUGCGGGCGCUGCUAGCGGAGGGCCCACCGUAGGCGGGAUGGCAGCCCGGAGCGCGGCCGUGACCUCGGAACUGGCAGACGGUGAGGAUCAAAGCACCGGGGGCACUGACCUCCCGAACGGUUUACCUGCCGAGAGUAGCGGCAGGAAGCGAGACAAAGUCAAAGCUGGGCUUAAGCGUAUCACGGGACUUAAAGCCAAAGGCCGUAAAGACUCAAGGAUUGCUGCUCCUACCGAGGGCACGCAAGCGGCGGCGGGCGCUGGUGCUAUGAUGCCCAAGAUGCCACAGCAGCGCCAUCGGGACCGACUCUCCAACGUCAAGACCAAGUUCCAGGUGCGCGUGCGCGUGGUCGAGGGGCGGCGUCUGAUGGGCGGCAACAUGAACCCCGUGUGUCGCGUGUCCCUGGACGGCGACGCCAAACAGACCCGCGUCCACAGGGGCACCUCCAGCCCCUGGUUCGACGAGAUCUUCUUCUACCAGCUCGAGAAGCUCCCCAGUGAGCUCCUGGAGGAUUUCCUUGAGUUUAAGGUCUGCAAUUCUAGUGGCAUUCGCUCCACGACCAUCAUUGGCGCCUUCAAGUGCGAGGUAGGCAUGGUGUACGACCAGCCCGAGCACGCAGUCGUCAACCGCUGGCUCGUCUUGGCUAACCCGGACGAACCGACGCCUACUGUGCAAGGAUACCUGAAGGUGAGCGUGGCCGUCUUGGGCCCAGGUGACGUGUGCCCUGACCUGACUGCCUCGCGCACCGACCAGGACGACGUGGAAGCCAAUCUGCUGUGGUCGGCCGGCGUCCAUCUGCAGCCGGCGACCUUCACGCUCACCGUCUACUGCGCACAGAACCUCCCGCGAAUGGACGCAGGGACGAUGCAGACGCUGAAGGAGGUGUUGGGGAUCGGGAAGGCUUCCAAGGAGCUGGUGGAUCCUUACCUCCUGGCCACCUACGCCGGCCGGGAAGUCCAGACCAAGAUCAUGUACACGAACGAGAAUCCGGAGUUCCGCCAGGAUCUGCACAUGGGCUUCCUGUUCCCGUCCAUGUGCAACGUCAUUCGCGUGACGCUCAAGGACUGGGACCGCGUGGGGGAGGACGACACGAUCGGAACGGCCGUCAUCCCCGUGUCCGCGAUCUCCGCGCCGGGAGAGGAUGAUGAAGUUCAAGAGUUGAAUGGUUUUGAGGGAAUAAGUGUGCAGCUAUACAUCCUUUAUUGA